AUGAGUGUUUACAUAUUGUUUGGAAUAUCGGCAUUUUGUCUACGACCAGUAAUAGCUCAUCAAUUCCCUGAGAACUUUCUGAGAUGCAAUCUGAAGGAUACUAAUUUGGACCAAUGCUUGGUUAGAGCAAUCGAAAAUGCUUUGCAUAUAAUCGGCAAUACUGGUAUUCCUUCCCUGAAUCUGCCUUCAAUCGAUCCGAUAGGAGUAUCAAACAUACAAAUUGGAGCUGAUGGUAGUAGUGCUGUCAACAUAGUACAGCAAUACAAGAAUAUCUCCAUUUUCGGACUUUCUGAUGUCAAAGUAGAGAAAGCACACUAUGAUCAACAUAAAAAAAUCUUGAAUUUCACUGCAGAGCAUCCAGUACUAAGUCAAGAAGCUAAAUAUAACAUCACAGGAAAAGUUCUAAUAUUAUCCGUAUAUGGCAAUGGAGAUUCGAUCAUAACUCUGAAGAAGCCAAGAAUCACCCACGUAGCCUACUUCAAGGAGUAUACCAAGGGGGACAAAAGAUAUUUCCGAGUGGAAGACUAUUCGGCCACAUACACGAUCCAGGGUGCCCACUUUGUAUUCGAAAACAUGUUCAAUGGUGCAGAAAAAACGCUUUCCGGUAUCGUUUCGAAGUUGAUCAAUGAAAACUGGCAACUGAUUGCUGAAGAAGUCAGAGGUGGAGUUCAGAAAGCUUAUGGGCAACUUUGUAUGGCUACAGCUAAUAGAAUUUUCGAGACCGUUCCUAUCGAUGAAAUAUUUCUUGGAUGGUGA